GUGAAUUGCACUUGCAGCUGAUCAUGGAGCUUGAAAACUGCAAUGCGCACGGUGAGAACAUGGGGCCUAACACGCCGCAGCACGACAACGACCCGAGCGGCAACAAGAAGUGGUAUCGACAGGCCAGCCAAAGGACCGAGGGUGCGAUUUCCGGACGACUCGAACGUAUUCCCCGAGGAAUCGAUCCACCGUGCCAUGCUCGGCCUUAACGUAGGACUGACCAGGAACGAUCGUAGCGAGCAAGACCUGGACAGCUACAACGAGGGCACGCACGGCGCCCGCAGUGAUAAGCGCGAACUGGGGCACAGGAUCUUCGUCAAUCGGAGUCUUCAUCUCGAGAACAUCAAGUUCUAUGGGUUCGAUAUGGAUUACACGUUGGCAGAAUACAAGUCGCCACAGUACGAGCAAUUGGGCUUCAAUUUGCUCAAGGAUCGUCUAGUGUCUUUGGGGUAUCCGCAGGAAAUCAAGGCUUUCGAAUACGAUCCUAGUUUUCCCGUUCGCGGAUUAUGGUUCGACACCUUACACGGGAAUCUCUUGAAGGUGGACGCUUACGGCAACAUCUUGGUCUGUGUCCAUGGCUUCGAGUUCUUGAAACACUCUCAGGUCUACGAGCUUUAUCCAAAUAAAUUUCUACAAUUAGACGAGUCUAGAGUUUACGUGCUCAAUACCUUGUUCAAUCUACCGGAGACCUAUCUGCUGGCGUGUCUGAUAGAUUUUUUCACAAACUCGCCGCAAUAUACAAGAGAAAAGACCGGAGUGAAAGAAGGUGAGCUCACCAUGAGCUUCAGAAGUAUAUUUCAGGACGUCCGAAGCGCGGUAGAUUGGAUACACCUUCAUGGUGAUCUGAAAACGAAGACUAUCGAGAACUUAGACGAAUACGUAAAUAAGGACGAGAGGUUGCCUAUGUUCCUUACGAGAAUCCGAGAGAGUGGAGCAAAAGUGUUUUUAUUAACUAACAGUGAUUACGUUUUCACGGACAAAAUUAUGACUUAUUUGUUCGAUUUUCCACACGGUGCACGGCCUGACGAACCGCAUAGAAACUGGAAAACCUACUUUGACACAAUUGUAGUAGACGCCAGAAAGCCGUUGUUUUUCGGGGAAGGAACAAUCUUGCGACAAGUGGACACGAGGACGGGCGCUUUAAAACUUGGUACACACAAAGGACCACUUCACACAGGGGAAGUGUACUCGGGAGGCUCGUGCGACGUGUUUACAGAAUUGAUCGGCGCAAAAGGAAAGGAUGUGUUAUAUGUCGGUGACCAUAUAUUUGGUGAUAUUUUAAAGAGCAAGAAGAUAAGGGGCUGGAGAACAUUUUUAAUAGUCCCUGAGUUGGUUCAGGAGUUACACGUUUGGACCGACAAGUGUCAAUUAUUCGCUGAAUUACAGAGGCUGGACGUUAUGCUCGGGGAAAUGUAUAAAAAUUUAGACAGCAGUACGAAAGAGAAGCCGGAUAUUUCUAAGUUACGCGCGUCCAUAAGGGACGUCACGCACAAAAUGGAUUUAGCUUACGGCAUGAUGGGUUCCCUAUUUCGCAGCGGAAGUAGACAAACGUUUUUCAGCAGUCAGGUCGUAAGGUACGCCGAUCUGUACGCAGCGACUUUCUUGAAUCUGAUUUAUUAUCCCUUCUCAUACAUGUUUAGAGCACCUGCUAUGCUGAUGCCACACGAGAGUACGGUAGCACACGAACAAAGGUUUGUUAUGGAAACGCCGAUGAUAAGCCGUUCGAGAACGUUUAAACUGGCAGACGAGGAAGAGGAACACAAUCGACCCUCUUCUAAGAAUUUAUAUGUGGACCAUUUUAAUAAUCAAAUUCCACAUGCAAGACCGGAAACGCCACGUAAUGUUACACAUACGCACGAUGAAGAUUGCAGCGACGAGGAUAGCGAUUCGCAGAAGCAUGCCAAUCAAAUGAGAAUAUCCACGAGAAAUGCGAAUUGCAAUUAAAGCCAUAUUUUAUGAUACUCGGUACUAUUUUUUAUUUUGCAUAACUAAAAUCGACUGAGAAAUGAAAUGAUUAAUGUAUAGUACUGUAGAAUUUUGUGUUUCAAGAAAUCGUAGUAUAAGACGCAUCUCAGCUGCGUUAAGAAUAUUUAGUCCCAAAAUGUACGGUAAUAUAAUAUAUUUUUAAAAUGAUGUCGAUAUAAAAGACGAAACGUAGCAAUAUUUAUAUCAAUUAUAAUUUCUCGGAGAAUGUUUAAUACUUUUGUAGUUGGGACAUUAUUAAUGGUGUAAUAAUUAGCGCACAAAUGUUCAUAUUAUGAAGCAUUCGAAUAUUGAAUUAUACAACACGUGACAGAUUUUAUUAGCAUUGUAUAUGUUGUAUAUUGACUUAAUAUGAUUAUACAUACAUAUAUAUAUAUAUAUAUAUAUAUUAAUAUAUAUUAAAGUUGAGGAGUAUUCUAUUGAAGUUUUGAUAGUAGAAGACGUCAACGACUUUAAAUUUAUUGUAAAAUUGAUUAGUCUCUCUUUUUAUAUGCAAUGUAAGCUUAUAAUUGAAAUCAUAAUUGAAAUAAUAGAAGAAGAACGAGGUAUAGCGAGCUCUAAUAAGUGAAUUGUGCAAUUUAGGAUAGGUGUACAGAACAAAUAUAAAGUUAUAAUCUUAUACAAUCAUUCUUCGAAUUAAUACUUAUGCAGUCAAUAGAUAUUAAUUUUAAUUGAUUGGAUAAUGAAAUAUAUAAUUUGAAUUUUAGACAAGUAAUCACUGGAUUUAUGUUAGGUUUUUAAACCGCAAGAAAAUAAGACAAUAUUCAACUUUGUAUACGAUUGGAUUGUAGGACGUAUUGUAAACUGUCGUAAAAUACGUAAAAAUAGAAAAAAAAUCGAAUACAAAAGAAUGUUGAGCUAUUAAUAUGAAAUUAACACAUAUACAAAAUAAUAAAAAUUUGUUCCAUUUUAUAUAAUUGUAAUAUUUUAAAUUUAAAAGAAAUUCUGAAAAGUUUUCUGGGAAUAUCAAUAAUCUCUAUUUAUAGAAAUUAUUUAUAUUUCUUUGUAGGGGAAUAUUUUGUUACUGUAUAUUAACGAUAACAUAUUGUAAUCUAUAUAACGUGUAUUAGGCACCGGGAAUGCCUUGAUACUGAAAUUGUACUAAUUUUUAGCGUAUUUGGGACAUGUGUGUCUAGAUUUGUUAUGUGUCCCGCCCUUUUUUAGUUCGUAAUGUUGCUCACAAAAUGUAGAUGAAAAAACGGAAUAAAUAAAAUUAAAGUUUUUGAAAUCA